AUGCUGCACAUACAAAUAAACUAUUCAGACAAAUACAGUGAGGAGUUUGUACUGGCAUGUCAAGUUGCUCAAGGACACAGCCAAGCCCUAAAAAUCUUUUAACCUGAAUAUUAAUGGAGAAAUCUUGGUGAUCCACAGAGUCAGGGAUGGGUUCAUUAUAUGAUCCAUGAACCAGAACCUCACAUCUUACUGCUUCAGCAGCCACCACCCAAGAAACCAAAGAAACAAAGCCAGUGA